AAAUAUAUUUACAGAAAAAUUCAAUUUUUCUUUUGUAAGAAAAACAAGGAACGUUAAUUUUUCAAGAAUAAAAGAAAAAAAGAAAAGAAAAGAAGAAUGAAACAAAAAACAUUUGUCGUUUUUCUCAUUCUAGUAACGAAAGCUUGGGGCAUUUUGAGAAGAAUUAUUCCAACAAUUUUGGAAAUUCAAGAGGGCGAGGAUAUGCAAUUGCAGUUAUUGGCAAAUUUAAAUGACGAAAUUUCAUGUUAUCUGCGAACUCCGAAUCAUGCGAAUAUUAAUUUGAAAGGUGAGGAUGAAUUUCCCGAGGACGAUCGUAUUCGUUAUUGGUCGGAAAAUAAUAGAUGUGGCGUUAAAGUGAAAAAUGUUGGUAAAAACGACGAAGGAUGGUGGAGAUUGACAUCGAAAAAUUUGAACGAAACAAUUCAAGACGCUGUUAAUGUAAAAAUACUCGAUAAAAUUAGUUUAAUUGAAAAUAAAGUUUCUAUUUUGAGUGGACUGGAUUAUCAAUUGAUUCUGGCGUACAGAAGUAAAUUUUGCAAAGUAAAUCAUCCAUCGUUAAAAAAUGAAUUAGUCGACAUUGCAGAUGAAAAUUGCAUAAUUGAUAUAAAUAAACCGACAGAAGCGAAUGCAGGAAUAUGGAGAGCAGAAGUUGGAGUGAAAGGAAAAAUUCAUGAAAUCCCAUCAAUUGUGAAUGUCAAUAUUUCAUCUAAUGAGAAUAUUAUCUAUGGUUAUAAGCAAGAGCCAAAAUUUUUACGUCUCUAUUGCAAUAUUCCAAAUUAUGAAUCCGAACCUGAUUUCUGUCGAUUUUCACAAACCAACAAAUCACAGGUGGCACUUCAAUUAUCCGAUGGUUUGAGAAAAGGAAGAUUCGGUUAUUAUGGAAAUGGUCUUGAAAAAAAAGAAUGCGGUCUAACGAUAGAGGAUCCAACGCCGGAGGAUUUUGGAACGUGGCAUUGCUUGACGGGAAAAAUUGGCGAAAAAAUCCUCGGUGCUUAUAUAUUUAUUCCCGGACUACGAAUGAGGGGAUUUUUUAGCGAUAAUAUUAUUCCAAAAUCAGUGACACCGGUGAUAACGACAUUUUCCAAAGAAUUAACUCUCGAAUGUUCGGCUCACGUUACUCUUCGUUAUUGUUGGUUCUCAGGACCAAAUGGCACUAUUUUAACGCCAAACGACAGUGGCGAUGCAAUUUUAUACAGUUUUCUUGGUAUGAAACUAGGAAUUGGGGAAUGUAGAGUGACAAUAAAAAAUGCCCAAAAAGAGCACAAUGGCACAUGGACUUGUCACAUGGGUCCAGAUAGUCCUAAUUUUGAAUACAGUGCCAAUAUCGACGUUCGUAUCUCGGAAACUCCAUUAGCAGCGAUAAACAAAGUAAUUUGGAUUCAAAAAGUCGAAGACGUCGUGAGUCUUCAAUGCAAAAUAGUUCCAAAUCCAGUGGCUCUUAAAUAUUGCCGAUUUUUUUCGCCCUCUGGCCUUGGAAUUCAUAUUAACGAGGAAAUUCAAGAAAACAGUGCCCUUGAAAAUGGAAAGACGAAGAUUUGGUUCAGUGGCAAUAGCACAAAAAUGGGCGAUUGUGGAAUAAUGAUAAGAGACAUUACUGUGAAAGAAAUUGGAAUUUGGAAAUGUGCCGGCAGAUUACAGGAAACUAAUGAAAGUAACGAGAUUUUCGAUUCAAUUCAACUCUUUCUGAAAGAACAAGCAGAAAGUGUCGCAGAAAAUCUAACUGUCGGUGCAAGUGUCGGAAUAUCUUUGGGGGUUAUCGCUAUUUUAUUGACUAUUACAUUCGUGGCAUUGUAUUUAAAUAAAAAGUACAGUGGACAUUGUCUGCCGAAUCAUUCCAGACAGGUACAUCAAGUAGACCAGUCCUCGGAUGUAUCAUCGGGGGAAAAUUCACCGAGAAUAUCGCAAGGAAUAGAACUCGUUAAUUUAGAAUUACAAUUUAAUGAACAAACGUAAACAAAACUUUGUAAAAAAAUAAAUUAUCGCUUUUAAUGAAAAUGUAAAA